AUGGCAACAGACCAAAAGACAAACGAUCUCCAACGUCAAGUCUUACAAAGCACCCUCGACGAAGUAGCGACCAGGCAAGAAGACGCCACUGACUGCUGCGUCAUCUGCCUCGAAAGCAUUUCUGAAGCCUGUGAGGCUGUUCCUUGUCAACACAGAAACUUUGAUUAUCUCUGCCUUCUCAGCUGGCUGGAGCAAUCACCGAAGUGCCCGCUCUGCAAAGCUGUCAUCUCACAAGUUCGCUACGGCCUCGAUGAACCUGUCACAAAGACAUACACCGUACCCGAUCCCGCGCCCCGAACACCACACAUUGGAUAUUCAAGUCUUGCGCCCCAUCUUCGUCCCCGCCGGCUUCACUUUCACCAUCGUCCAUAUCUCCCUCGACCACGAUACGUCACCGCCAGCUCGAGUCCUUCAGAUGAGAUCGCGAAGCGGAGGGAUGUGUAUCGCCACAACAGAUACUCUAAACAUGUUGGGUCGAAUCGCGUGUCUCGAUACCGCGAACUGACCCCAGCAGCCUUUUGCUCAGAUAGCGACUUAGUCUCUCGCGCACGAAUGUGGAUUCGUCGAGAGCUGCAAGUGUUUUCCUUCUUGAACCCCGAUGCCGACCAGACAGAACCAGGACCCGAUGGAAAUUCACAGAGAGACGCAAUUUCCAGAAGGAGAGCAAAUAAUGCUGAGUUUCUCCUCGAAUACAUUAUUGCCAUUUUGAAAACCGUGGAUAUCAUGGGCAGCGCUGGCCAAGCCGAGCAGAUGAUUUCGGAUUUUCUGGGUCGAGACAGCACGCGCCUCUUCUUGCACGAGCUAAGAGCAUGGCUUAGAAGUCCAUAUAUAAAGCUUGAGGACUGGGAUGGGGCUGUCCAAUACGACUUAUCUGCACCAAGCAGCCCUAGAUCUGAAUCUGGAGGGAUCGGCAGUUCAGGGCAAGCUCAACGCCAGUCUAAGAAUGUUGGCGCGCAUAAUUGGGACACACCACGAAGACAGGGAGACUUUUAUUGUCCUUGUCCUGGGGGCCGAUCGCAACGAGCCCGAGAAGUGCAUAGACGCGAACCAUACGGAAGACCACAUAGAGAUUAG